CUGGUUUCUUAGUAACAUAAAAGUACCCUCGCGACUCACCGUACAAGUUUCCUGGCAAGCGUCUGGUUUCUUAGUAACAUAAAAGUAUUAAACAGAGGAGAGAAACACGAAUCUACCGGACGAGGCAGCAACAAAGCCAGAAUAAUGAGUGUUGAAGAACAGGAAUCAAUGGAACAGUUAGUAAAAUAUCCUCAAAUCUUUGUGGAACGAACUCUUGCUAUUCUAAAGCCACAAGUCAUUCAUAAACAAGAAGAAAUUGAGGCUAUCAUUCUUAGAGCUGGGUUCCAUAUUAUUCAGAAAAGAAAAGUACAUCUAAGCCCAGAACAGUGUAGCGACUUUUAUUCAGAUCAGUAUGGAAAAAUGUUUUUUCCUAGUUUGACUGCCUACAUGAGCUCUGGGCCAAUAAUUGCAAUGACAUUGGCAAGGUAUAAAGCCAUCUCCUAUUGGAAAGAACUAAUGGGGCCUUCCAACAGCUUGAAAGCAAAAGAAACCCACCCUGACAGUUUAAGAGCAAUAUAUGGUACGGAUGACCUAAGGAAUGCUGUUCACGGCAGUUAUUGUUUUACUUCAGCAGAGAGAGAAAUACGCUUUAUGUUCCCUGAUGUCAUUAUUGAACCAGUUCCUAUAGGACAAGCUGCUAAAGAUUACCUGAGCCUCUUUGUUAACCCAACUUUACUUGCUGGACUUACUGAGCUUUGCAAGCAUAAACCUGCUGAUCCAUACACGUGGCUUGCUGACUGGCUCCUGAAGCACAAUCCAAACAAACCGGAUGUGAAAGAUCAGAUGAUUGUAGAAGAACCAUAGCAAAACAUUUUCAAUUUAAAACUUUAUUGUAAUUGAAUAUUGAACAUUGAUAUUUCUGUCAGUAGUUGGCAACAUGAAUUUGAAGACAUUUUUAAAGCAAUCUAAUUAUUUAAGAUGUAUUAAAAGACAAAUUUACUUUAGUAAAGAAACUGAAUGGUCCCAAAAGUAAAUUAGUUUUUUCUCAUUUA